AUGGCGACAUGUCUCAGCUGUUUGCCACCACGUCAGUCAGAGAACUUUACGGAGAGAUUCGUGAGAUUGUGAAAAGAAAUUUAAGAAGUGGCAGUAUUUACAAAAGCAAAGAAAAAAACAAAAGAAAGCAAAUUAAAAGAUUUGAUAUUUGAAUAAUCACCAAUUUUGAACGAAGAUGGGUUUGCUUAUUUCAAAUCUCCUCAACAAUUUCCUAAGCAAGCAAAAUGUGCGCAUACUAAUGGUGGGGUUGGACGGUGCUGGCAAAACCACGAUCCUAUACAAGCUCAAAAUCGGCGAAGUUAUUUCAACUAUUCCUACCAUUGGCUUUAACGUUGAAACAGUCGAAUAUAAGAACAUUUGUUUUACAGUUUGGGAUAUCGGUGGCCAAAAGAAAAUAAGAAAUCUAUGGAAUCAUUAUUACCCCAACACAUCGGCUGUCAUUUUUGUAGUUGAUUCAUCAGACGUACAGCGUAUGGACGACGUAAAAGAAGAAUUACACGGAAUGAUGUCGAAUGAGGUGCUGGCCAAUUCUGUGUUACUAGUAUUUGCCAACAAGCAAGACUUACCAAAUGCUCUGAGCUGUGCGGACCUAACGAAGCGACUGGAAUUGCAUACACUUAAACAAGACUGGCACGUUCAUGCCACAACGGCUACAACUGGAAAAGGUCUCUACGAAGGUUUGGAUUACUUGAGGGACAUGUUGGAGAAGAAAUAAAGCAUUCUUAACCCGAAUUCAUAUGAUGGACAUUCGCAAAUGUAUUCUUAAGUUAAUUUUUAAUGUAAACGCAAACUUGAUUAAUAAAUAAGCCUCUGUAUAAUCGAUAUUUAUAAGAAAAA